CAUUGUACUCCGGAAGUGUUUUUUUUUCACCCGGAAGUUUAUGCCAAUGUGAACAAGCAACAUGGCGGGGGAUUCCUCAAUGGAGCUCCUGUUUCUGGAUACUUUCAAACAUCAAAGCGCAGAGCUCACAAAUGUUGACGUAGUGCGCUUCCCGUGUGGGGUACUGAUCACAGAAGUCCGUGUCAUUCCUCCUGGGAUCAAAGCCCACAGCAGCCUCCCAGACAGCCGAGCCUUCGGGGAGACCUCGCCCCACGCUUUCCAGCUGGACCUGUUCUUCAACAACGUCACGAAGCCCAGCGCCCCCGUCUUCGACCGGCUCGGCAGUCUGGAAUACGACGAAAACAAAUCCAUAAUUUUCAGACCCAAUGGAAAGGUGAACACAGACGGGCUGGUCCUGCGGGGAUGGUACACCAGCCUGACGGUGGCAGUGUACGGCACAGCGGAGAGGUCACAUGGGCAUGAACGGGAUUCGCCUCCCCCACCCCCGCCCCCUCCACCCCAGCAGCAGCAAAACCUGAAGAGGAACGUCAAGCAUGAAUGGGAGAAAGAGGAUCAGUACAAUGGCAGCCCCCCCAGGCCACAGCCCAGAGGACCCAGAACCCCCCCGGGGCCCCCGCCACCUGACGACGACGAGGAGGAAGCUGUCCCAGUGACCGUCGGCGCAGAGAAGGAGGAGGGCACCGAGGGGCGGGACGACUACCUGGAGCCCAUCUCCCCCGAGCGCGGCUCCCUGCCCCUGGAGGAGCCGUACUCCGACGAGGCCGAGCCCGAGGAGGAGGUCGAGGAGGAGGACGAGGGCGGGCCCGAGGAGGAGGAGGACGAGGAGGACGUGCGGACGGAGGGCAGCCUGGUGGAGGACGAGGAGGACGAGGACGAAGACGAAGAAGAGGGAGACGAUGGCUAUGAGCAGAUCUCCAGUGAUGAGGAGGAUCUGGAGAACGGCGGCUUCAAGCUGGCCAGCUUCAACCUGGUCUACACGGCCGAGGACCUGGCGGCCGUGCCCACCGUGCAGUACGACCCCUACGAGCGCGAGAUCCGGCCGCUGCUCUACUUCAGCGCCCCCUACAGGACUAAGUUCGAGCUGGAGGUGAGCAGGCUGCGGGACUCGGGCCUGCAGGACGAGGUGGCGAGCGAGUUGGCCGCCAAGCUGACGGAGCUCCUGGAGGCCUACAGGGAGGACCGGGGGGCCAAGUGGGUCACGGCCCUGGAGGAGGCCCCGGGCCUGAUGGUGAAGGGGCUCAGCUGCCUGGCCGCCAAGGAGGCGGAGGAGGCCCCGCUCCGGCAGCUGGCGGACUGGACCGCCCAGGCGCUCUGCCUGCAGGUGGCGCUCUCCCAGCCCAUCGCGCUCAACGUGCGGCAGCUGAAGGCGGGCGCCAAGCUGGCGUCGGCGCUGGCGGAGUGCGGGGCCCGGGCGGCGGCCGCCCUGCUCGAGGGCGGGGUGGCGGGGCGGCUCAUGGAGCUCCUCUUCGCCGAGCACGUCUCCUCGUCCCUGAAGCUCAACACGCUGCGCUCGCUGGACUCGCUGAUCAGCAUGUCCGAGGGCAUGGAGGCCUUCCUGGGCGCCACGGCGACGCCGGAGGGCCCGGAGAAGAGCGCUUACCAGCGGCUGGUGGAGCUCAUCCUCCUGGACCAGACGGUGCGCGUGGUGACCGCCGGCACCGCCAUCGUGCAGAAGGGCCACUUCUACGAGGUGCUGACCGAGCUGCAGAAGACGGCCGGGCAGUGGGCCGAGAGGCUGUCGCCCGCGGCGACCGCCGUCGCCAUGGAGGGCGACCCGGAGGCGGAGCCCGGGCAGGAGAAGGCGGGGAAGGAGGAGGAGGCGGAGCCGGAGAGCCCCAUGGACUUGGACCACCUGCUGGCCUCCUCGGACAUCAGCGAGGGCGAACUGGAGAAGCUGGCCGGCGUGCUGGACGAGCUCCUGCACCUGCUGGAGACGGCACCGCACGCCAUGGUCCAGCCCCCGGUCAAGUCCUUCCCCACCAGCGCCCGCAUCACCGGGCCCCUGGAGAGGGAUGACCCCUACCCCGUCCUCUUCAGGUACAUGCACACGCGGCACUUCCUGGAGUCUCUGACGGUGGUGCUGUCCACGCCGGCGGCCAGUGCCCACCCCAGCGUCCUGCAGGCGGUGAAGGACCUGCUCCGCUUCCUGGCCCAGACCCAGCAGGGCCUCCUCUUCCUCAUGUCCGAGCACGAGGCCACGAACCUGCUGGUGCGCGUUCUGACCCAGAUAUCCGAGGCGGACGCCGAGGCGGAGCCCGGGGCGGGGCUGGGCGGGGCCGGCGGGCCGGGCGACGCCCCCGGGGAGGACGACUUCGCCGUGUGGCUGAUGCAGGUGCUGCACGCCCUGCAGGGCGUGGCCGAGCUGCUGACGCACUGCGGGGCCGAGGGGGGCCUGGAGGAGGGGGACAACGCGGAGGUGCUGGGGACCCUGCACGCCCUCUACCUCAUCACCUUCAGCGCCACCGGCCGCGCCGCCGUCUCCCACGUCUUCAGCCUGGAGCACAACUUCUCCUGCCUGGUCACGCUCAUGGAGCACUACUCCAAGGAGGGGCAGGGGGAGGCGAAGGCCCGGAAGUCGGUGACGUACAACUACGCCUGCAUGCUGGUGCUGCUGGUGGUGCAGUCGUCCAGCGACCUGCGGAUGAUGGAGCACUACGCCGCGCAGCUGAUCGCCAUCUGCAAGGCCGACGAGAACAACGCCAAGCUGCAGGAACUCAGCAAAUGGCUGGAGCCCCUGGAGAAGCUGCGGUACGAAAUAAACUGCAUCCCGAGUCUGAUCGACUACAUCAAGCAGAACGUGGAGAACCUGAUAACACAGGAAGGGGCGGGCCUGAUUACUGCUCUCCGGGUCCUCUGCCACAUCGCCUGCCCACCACACGCUGUAGAAGGCCAGCAGAAGGACCUGAAGUGGAACCUGGCGGUGAUCCAGCUCUUCUCGGCCGAGGGCAUGGACACCUUCGUCAAGGUGCUGCAGAAGCUGACGGCGCUGCUGCUGCAGCCCUGGCGUCUCCACGGCAGCACGGGCCCCACGCUGCAGCGCGUGAUGGUGCUGUCGGCCGCCUGCGGCACGCUGCGGCUGCUCCGCUGCAUGCUGACCGAGCUGCUCCGCGGCGGCGCCUUCGAGUUCAAGGACACGCGCGUCCCCUCGGCCCUGGUGGCCCUGCACAUGAUCCUGUGCUCGGCCCCGCCCUCAGGCCGCCUGGACCCCGAGGAGCAGCGCGUGCAGAACCACGUGGUGGACAUCCUGCUCACCUUCACGCAGGGCGUCAACGAGCAGGUGACGGACACCGAGGAGACGCUGGCCAACAACACCUGGUCCCUCAUGCUGAAGGAGGUGCUCUCCUCCGUGCUCAAGGCCCCCGAGGGCUUCUUCUCCGGCCUGGCCCUGCUCUCCGAGCUCCUGCCCCUCCCGCUGCCCCUGCAGACCACACAGCUGAUCGCGCCGCAGGACGUCGCCGUGGCGCUGAACACGCGCAAGCUGUGGAGCAUGCACCUGCACGGGCAGGCGCGGGCGCUGCAGGAGAUCGUGCGCGCGGUGAGCGGCACCAGCUGCCAGCCGCUGCUGGCCAUGCUGCGGCGCGUGUGCGUGCAGCUGAGCGACCUGGCCUCGCCCACCGCCCUGCUGGUCCUCAGGACGCUGCUGGAGCUGCUGCUGGAGGACCUGCAGCCUCCCGCCGAGGGGAAGGAGCGGACGUGCUCGGGCCAGACGGCGCGCCUCCUCGCCCUGCUCGACUCCCUGGCCUCCCACCGCGCCUGCAAGGUGGCCGCCCUGCACCUGCUCGGCGGCGCCAGCCGCGGCGACGAGCGGCUGGCCGAGCUCUUCCCCUGCCUGGUGUCCCUGCUGGCGCCCCCUACGGACGGGAACCUGCACCAGCAGCACUGCGGCGAGCUCGCGGCCUCCUUCUUCCAGUCCCUGUGCGACCAGGACAUUGCCCUCAUGGUGAGCACCUCCUCGGACACGCCCCUGUCGGAGGCGGAGCAGCUGGCCAACGCGCUGCCGUCGCGGGAGAUGCUGUCGGCGGUGUGCGACGCCAUGCUGGAGGUGCUGGGGAACCCCGACAGCAGCUACGCCCUGGUGCUCACGUGCAUCCGCACCAUGAUGUUCCUGACCGAGCACGAGUACGGCUUCUUCCACCUCAAGAGCGCUCUGAAGAAACAUGGGAUGGCGGUGUGUGCACUGCUCAAGAGGGUCAUCUUCGCCUUCAACAAAGAGUCAGCCGAGCUGGUGUCCGCCCUGCUGGACUUCCUGCGGCAGAUCCUCAACACGGACUCCCUGGGCUGCUGUGGGGACGAUGGCCCCAGCCCCAUGGAGGUGGACUGCGGGGCCCCCUCCCGCUCUCUGGCCCUCAGCGCUGCGGACAUGAAGCAGCUGCUGCAGUGGAAGGACGACUCCCUGGAGCACCCGCUGCCCGAGCUGGAGAAGCAGAUCGCGGAGUACUCUAAGGAAGACGACUCCUUGGAGACGCUUCUUGAGAACGUGGUGGGGCUGAGGCAGAUGCUGGAGAGCGCUGGGGACACGCCCCCAGCCCCCGAGCAGGAGGCGGAGCCUACUCUGCCGGCCCCCGACAGCCUGCAGGCCCAGUUCAACCACAGGACUGUGUACGUCCUCUCUGACGUGUUUGAUGACCAGCUCAAGGCCCUGUGGUUCUCACCUUUCCAGUCCGAGGACAUUGACACAGACCUGGAUAUGGUGAAGGUGGACCUGGUGGGGCUGGCGGAGGAGUGCUGUCCAGACCUGGAUCUGAAGGCGGAGCUGGAGCGCUCCUUCCUGAUGGAGCCCUCCUCUCCCGGACACACCAAGGCCCCCAAGGGCUUCAAACUGGGCAAGCAUAAACACGAAACCUUCAUCACAUCCAGUGGGAAGGGUGAUUACGUGGAGCCGGCGAAGCGAGCGCACAUCAUGGCCCUGCCGCGGGGGCGGGGCCGCGGGGCGUUCGGCCAGCUGUGCCGCCCGCACGACAUCUUCCGCCAGCGCAAGCAGAACACCAGCCGCCCGCCCUCCAUGCACGUGGACGACUUCGUGGCGGCCGAGUUCAAGGACAUCGGCCCCCCCGUGGGGCUGCUCCAGCCCAAGCGCGUGCCCAAGGGCUCCCCGAAGGUGCCCACGCGGGGCCUGUUCACCGGGAACCGCGGAGGCCGCGGGGCCUUCCACGGCCAGACGCGCUUCUUCACCCCGCCCGCCCCCAAAGGGGUCCUCCUCUCCGGGAACUACAACCGGCGGGAGGGCGGGCGCGGGUCCGGCUGGAACGCCCAGGUCACGCCCGUCACGCACCGGGGGACGUACAACGAGGCGAGGGGCGGACAGAGCAACUUCGCCAGAGGGCCUCUUCCCUCCAGACAGCCCCCUGCAGGUGGCUACCGGCUGGCUCCCAGGGACAGGGCCCCGCGGGGCCGCGGCACGGGCCUGUCGUGGCUGAGCGCGGGCGGCGGCGGAGGAGGAGGAGGAGGCGGAGGGGCCGGAGGCGGGGGCUCCAGGGGGAAGUUCAGCAGCGGAGGGAGCGGGGGCGGCCGGGGGAGGCACGUGCGCUCCUUCACCAGGUAGGCCCGCCUGGCGGGACAGAACUGUGGACACAGCGAACAGACUGCUGCCGCCAGCAACCAGACCCCCCCCUUCCCCCCCCCAUCCUGAAAGGAACGGGCGUUAAAAGGACCAAUAACAAAUUCAUCGAGCUGUCUGCGGAGAGCUUCAGACUCACUUCCCGUGGUUUCCGAUGACAACUGCUUUCUGUUGUGUUGUUUUUUUUUUUGUUUUUUUUUAACGUGUUGAAAUUUCAAUAAAAAUUAUGUAAGUAGGACUACUUUGAAUUAAAUUUUUUCUUCAUUAUUUUGGGUUCUGAGAAUGACUGCAUGGUGGAGAACUUUUAAUGACUUCCUAAAACUGAGGUCAAUAUUACUGGAAUCCUCAAUUUAAGCCAGCAGUAAAAACAAGAGAAAGAAUUGGGUGUGGUUCAGUUUAUUCAGGCAACAUUAAACUGUAAAUAUGACAAUCAAUCAAAUUCAGUCGCGACUCUUCAA